AUGAGCCAAAAUCAGUCAGCCAAGCGGUUGGCGGCUUCAAAGGGGGAAAGUGAAAGCACAGGGAAGAAGCGAGUGCGAUAUGCUGCGCGAGCGUGCGACGCUUGCCGCAAACGCAAGGGUCGAUGCAGCGGAAGAUAUCCCUGCGAACAUUGCGUCGGUCGCAAUCAGCAGUGCGUGUAUACUCUGCCAACUAACGAUUGGCGCGAUGCGAAUCCAGCCCAGCUGCAGGAUGCGCAUACAGACCAGAUGAGGCGGCAGCUUGAGCCACAUCUUUCGCAACAACAACAACUCUACAACGAUGCAAAUCAGACGGCGUCGCUAGGAAGUCUUUUGGUAAAUCUCCAGCAACAAGUUGAAUCUCUGGCGGCACAAGUGAGGCAAAAUAAUACCGACAAAAACGUGCCUCCUCAGUCUCUUUACGCAGCCUCAAGCCAGACGCUAGUAGAUCCGGAUCUUCAAAUCUCUCAGUCUCUAAUAACACCUUCAGUUGUCGGGGCUAAGGGCGCUCGCCCGCACAGCAAGUUCUACGGGCCAACAAGCCCGGAUUACAGCUUUAAUCUCGCUCAAAGCAAGUUGCUGAACCAUGCCAAUUCUAAGGCGGAUAAGCCACUUCCCGUUAGCAUCGAAGAGAACCAAUCUGAUGAUGAAGACGUGGAAAUCGAUCAGUUUGGGAACCUCAACCGCCCUACUCAGCAGCAAAUAUCAUCGUUGCCGCGGCAGCAGAGGUUAUUGCUCUUUAGGAACAUCCUCAGCUCCAGGGAAGUCAACUCUCUUCUUGUCGUUUUUCAAGAAACGAUAUGCGAGUACCACCCCAUCGUCGAUGCCCCGUCGCUCGUUAAAACGGUCGAAUACUGGUAUUCAAAACAGACUUCUCCGAGUAACUGCACUCUGUCGGCUGUGGAUGAAGAGGAUCUCAUCGUCGCCAAUCUUGCCAUUGCCGUGGCUCUUUGCGUAGAGUCCACGCUUCCUGGCUCCGAGUCAUUACAGGCUGCUGAGUCUCUUUACCUGAGUUGCAGGGAACUGAUUAAUGCCAAGGUGGUCUCACCAAUGCCCACCAUCAAGCAUAUUGUAAUCGUCCUUCUAGUAGGACUUCUUCACUACUACAAGAAUAUGCCCCGGUAUGCCUGGCGCAUGUGUGGACUUGCUGGUCGAACUUUUAUGGAGUCUGGCUUGCACAACACCGACGUGUUACGACAUGUUGUGAAAACGGAGGCCGACCUAGAAGAACAUGCCGUCAUCGUCAGCACCAUUUUAGUUCUUGACCGGCAAUGGAGCGCAUCGACAGGAUUGCCAACGAAUUUCAGCAACUGGGAAUUUGACCUUGAGUUGCGGCAAAGGCUCAAAAACCCGUACCUUAAGGCCAUGACAGCCUUCACCGCCAUCAGUGACAAAUUCAGCGAGCCCAUUCUGCGAGGCGCCAAGGGAACGUCUUGUGAAGACAAUGAUGACUUUGAAUUUAUGAACUUCCAAAUCGAGCAAUGGCGAAAGAAGUCGGUGGGCAAGUUUGACUUCGGCCCGCUGCAAAAUAUGGAACAUGCGAACGCGACGCUUCCUCCAGCUUGGGCCAUACUACUACACCUCCGUGCCCAAGCCGUUCGCGGAAUCCUCCUUCGACCCUUUUUCUUUCCAAACGUGCCAAGCGCAGUCAGCCAGCGUAGCAUUGAACCUGGUAUCGAGUUGGUGAACUGCAUCGUUGACACGUUGACGCGCCUUAACCGGUACACUGAUGUCUAUCAGAAACAACAUCCGCCGUUUCAACACAUACUAGCUGCUGGUUGUGCCUUAUUGUUCCUCAUGCUGGCAUAUGUUGAGGGGAAUCGUGACAUCGUCAACGAUGCUCUACCAAGCAACUUUUUUGACCAGGCAAAGAGGAACUUUGAGAACGCGUACUUACUGUCAAAUACAUACAGCAAAUCUUCGCGAGCCGCAAGGAGGUUGCAAAGACGCCUCGUGGGCAUGAGGGAUUUACUGGUCCAAAUGGGUGUUCUCCGUCCUGAUGAGUAUUCCACGCAAGGUCAAAAUCAGCAGGGCACAGGCACAGGCACAGCCACGAGCAUGACAACUAAGAACAUGCAGCAAAAUGGCAAUGCAUCGCUAAACGUCCCCGCCUCACAAGAGAUGCAGUCAAUGAGGAUUCUGAGGGGAACCGACGAACUUCUCGACCCCGAAUUCUUGGACUUCGAGAACGAAUUACCAUUCACUAUCAAUUCGCCAGCUUCCUCUGACUCGAUGCCCUGGUUUGGAUCUGGUCAGUUACCAACUUCGUCCCUGGACAAAUGGCCUACUCUUAGUCCCGGUUCACUUUUGUGGCAAUCUUGA